AUGGCAGCGUGCAUUGUGGCAAUUGCUAAGGAGAAUUACCCUCCAUACACCCUCAGAACCCCCACAGACUAUGAGGUGAAGUUCCGCUACAUGGCAUACCCGUUCCAUGAAGAUCUCCACGUGAGGGAGGCCCUGUUGGACCAGAGGCUCUUCCUGGGCCUGCUCCACCCCACGGAGGACUAUAAGGUGUACAGCCCCAUGACCAGCUCCAAGAUGACAUUUGUCAUGGUGGUCAACUCUUCCAACACAGCCCUUUAA